AUGAGCAAACCAACAUCUUCAAAUUUCCUAGCCAAAUCAGUAUCACAACAACAAACAGAUGAAGUGGAAAUCUCGACAAAUAAUCUACCACAUUUCGACUUUGUCGUUCCAGCGUACAGCAAGAAUCGACGGUUAUCAUCAAUCACUUCGACUGUUUUGCCUGAGACACUCAUGAAUACGAUUUCAGCAAACGUUAGUUUCUCCAGCGCUGAACAAAAUCCGUCAUCACCAGAAACUGAAAACAGUAGAAAGAAAGAGGAUGAAAAUCGAUACUCAUUGGAACAAAUGAUCUCCUAUCGUCAUGGGCAACAUGUUGAGGAUAAGGCGUUAUCUCGUCCAGUUCGGCGAUUCUACGCGAGGCAGGAUGAAAUGAUUGAUCAGUUAUCAACAAUUCAUGAACGACACACAUCUGGUUCGUCGCACGAUGAACGCGCGGAAAAACACAAACGAUGGACGAUCAUAUUGAUCAAAACUACACUGAUUUCUAACAUCAUUCUGGUUUUAGGAAAGAUCUUUUCUGCGAUUAUAUCCAAAUCUCUUUCAAUUGCUUCGUCUGCUAUUGAUAGUGCUAUUGACUUAAUGUUAAACUUUGCUAUUUGGUGGGCAAAUAGAGCUAUCAGACAACGAAAUCCAUAUCUCUAUCCACAAGGACGAACACGACUUGAACCGAUUAUUAUCAUUAUACUAAGUGUGGUUAUGUGUGCAGCUAGUUUUCAAGUGAUUUUUGAAGGUGUUCGUUCCGUUAUUGAAGAUGUCAACUAUUUUCGGAAUGUUAGCGGUUAUGCUUAUGAAAAACCACCCGUCGAUAUCAAUCCUGCUGCUAUUUCAAUUAUGUGUAUCACUAUUGUUAUCAAAAUUGUAUUGGCGGUUUUAUGUUAUCGGAUUUCUACGCCGACGAUGUCCGCUCUGGCUGCUGACCAUCGAAAUGAUGUAGUUGCAACAGUUGUCGCCUUGGUUUUUGGUAUUAUUGGAUCCAAAGCAAUCGAUGGAGAAAUUAAACCGAGAGAACUAUCAGUUAUUGAUCCAGUUGGUGCAAUUGUGAUCAGUUUAUACAUUAUCAUCUGUUGGAUUCCUCAAGUUCGCCUUCAUAUUCGGAAUUUGACUGGUUACACGGCACCUAGUCACUUUCUUCAGCAAUUAACUUGGCUUGCUUUUCAUCAUUCGCCUUUAGUACGUAAAAUUGAUGCUGUCCGCGCCUAUCAUUUCGGUACGCAUUUUUUGGUCGAAGUUGAUGUUCUUCUUCCCAAUGAUUUGCAAUUGAGUGAUGCAGUUCAUGUUGGCAUUGAUCUCGAACAAAAGAUCGAAGCAUUACCCGAAGUAGAACGUGCUUUUGUUCAUCUAAAUUGUGAACAACCAGAUACGAAUACGAACACGAGUACCAUUCCACUCGAGCAAGAACAAUCUGCAGCUGCGGCUAUUAAUCGACGACAACAUAAGGUUGUCUGA